AUGAGUAAUUAGAUAUAUCUGUAAUAGAAGAAGAAUAAUAAAUUAUCUAAAACUAAUUGCUAAUCUUGCUAUGAUGACUUCAAACCUUUUGAUACAUAAACUUAUUGUAAUUAAUGCAAUGAAGGUUUCUAAUUAAACGAAAAAAAUACUUUAUGCAUCAGUAACUGUGAUGUUGGAUAAUAUUAUGACAAUGAAAUGCAAAGUUGUUCAAAUAGUUGCUCAUAAGAUGAUUAAUUAUCUAACCCUAUAACAAAAUCUUGUGACUAAAUUCUUUAAUGCCCUUCUAUGAGAAAAAUAGGCUAAUAAAUUCCAUCUAAGAUUAAAAAUUUAAUUAUUUCAGAAAAGUAUAAUCUAAUCGCAAUACAAUACACUGAAAAUUUUUAUAUAACCAUUUUGAGUUUGGAUAAAGGAUAACUUAGAGGGAAAAUAGACAGCGUUCAAGAAGAAAUAAAUAAAAUCUAAACAUCUAUUGAAAUAUAUGAUAUUAUCAUACCUGAUUAUUAUCCUUAAUAAUUGUAUAAUUCUACUUUAGGGAUCAUAAUAAUACAAUACUGGAAUUGUUUGAAGGUUUAUGAAGCGUUUACUGGUAAAAUGAUAGAUAAAAUUUGUUUUGAUAAAGAAUAAAUUUUGUUUUCACAAUUCGAAUAGGAAUUUUAAUACAUUUAUCUUUUAGAGAAUGAUUAACAAAAUUUUGUAAUAAGGAAUUUCAUAGAUAAAAAAGUUGUUAAUAUUGAUAAUAAAACUUACUCAUCAGCAACUUUUGUUAGCAAUCUUGCAUACAGCUUAGAUUUUGUGUAUCAAACAUCACAAUAACUUUACAUAUAUUAUGGGGAAUAUACAAUUGCUUUGCUCUAAUUUAACAGCUCCAAUGGAUUUUCAACACUCAAUCUUAUAUAAAAUUACAAUCAAGAAAAUGAAUCUAAUAAACAGUUUACCUAAAGCAAAAAGAUAACUUAAUUCUACGAAGAUUAAGAAGACCACUACAUAUUAUACUACGAUUUAACAAAUGAAUUGAUAAGUGUCAUUGAUUUAGAAAACAGUAAAUUAAUAGUUUAAAUUUAAACAUAAGUAUUUGAUGCUGAAGUUAUUUGCUUUAAAGUUAUAAAAAGCUAAGGAAAUAAAUUUUUAGUUGCUAUAAAUCCUAACUUAAAACUGCAUAUUUAUGAAUAUUAAACUUUUAGCCAAGUAUUUUGGCAAGAGUAUGAUGGAAGUGAUCCAAUUAAUGUUUAGAUACUUCAAAGUUAUAACAUAGAUGGAGAAAUGAUUGCUUAUAAUCCUAACAAUAUAUAUAAAUUUUACAUUUCUCCUAACGGAAAUGUUUCAAAAUUUGAUAAAAUAAAUUUUGAAAACAUUGUCAUUUUUGAUCUGGUUUUUUUUAAUGAUUCAGACAAGUAUAUUUAUUUAUUAAGAGAAGAUCAAUUUCAAAUAAUUGCUAUAGACCAAAAAAAUAUGUAGCAAUCUUCCUUAUCAAGCUAAAUAUUUAAUGAAAAAAACGGAAUAUCGUAAUAUACUGUCGAUUAUCAAUUAAAAUACAUAACAGCAGCUUCGAAUGAUAAUUUUAUUUUGACUCUUGACGAAAAAUUAGAAAUAUAGUUAUUUUUUGCAUUUUAAUCCACAAUUUAUUUAUGUAAAAUUCCUACUUUUAUAGAUCAACAGAAUGUAUUCUGUUUACUUUAACCCGUAUAUGGAGAAUCUUUAUCUUGCAUUAGCAUAGUUAAUUCUAUUACAAAAAAUUAUAAUUGUAUGGGUAAAAUAUAGACUCCUAAAUACAUAUAAUUUGAUCGCUUGUCAUAAAUGGUGUCAUAUUUGUGCUUUAAAGAUGAUUAAUAUGCUUUGGUGUACUAAAAACUAUCAAGUGGCAAUUUAUUCGACAAAUUUUAUAAAUAAUUUCCAAAUUUAGAGGUAGAUAACAUAAAAAGCUUAAAUUAGGCUGGCAACAAGUUGAAUGGAUAUUUGAACGAUACCUCAGGGGAGAUAUAUAAAUUCAAAGUAGAUCUGAAUUAUGAAACUUCACUUUCAAGUGUAAUUAAAGGAUAAGAAAAAUAUAAUUUGACAGAAAACGUCAUUUUAUGGUAAAGCAAAGGAGUCUUAGUUGAAAAUCAAUACAAUCAUAUUUAAAUUUACUCCCUAUUGGCGAAAAAGCUAGUUUUUUCAACCAAAAAUACAAUUAAUUUCUUUUGCAAUUAUAAAAUAAAAGAUAUACAAUUAAUAAAAGAUGUUAUCAUGUUUUUUAUUUGUGACUCAACCCUUUAUGCAGUAGCUGCAUAACAGAUAAUAUAAUUAAAUAAUUUAGUUUGA